AUGUCCCCCUUCACCAACGCCCUACUCCUCCUCGCCGCCGCCGCGAGCCAAGCCCUCGCCUACUCAGGCGACAUGACAUACUACACGCCCGGCCUCGGGGCCUGCGGAAAAUACAACUCGGAAGCAGACCACAUCGUGGCGCUAGCCCCCGCGCAGUACGGACACGACGCGAACCCGAACAACGCCAAGGUGUGCGGGCGCAAGAUCAACAUCCACUACAACGGCAAGACGGCCUCGGCCACCGUCGUUGACAAGUGCCCCUCCUGCGCCUCGGGCUCCAUCGACGUCAGCCCCUCCGUCUUCAAGCAGCUGGCUCCCCUGGCCAAGGGCCGCGUCAAGGUCACCUGGGGAUACUCCGGCAGCAACUCUGUUCGCGUGGAGGACUUGGGCGCUGGCGAGAUUAGGCUCGAGUUGGUUGAUGAGGUGAAUGAGGAGUAUGCGAACUUUGAGGAUGGCGACGAGAGCGAGUUGUAA